GUGGUUCGGCAAGUACGGCGUGUGUGUGGGCGGCGGACACUUUGCAGCCGGGAGAGGUGCAUGUGUGCACGCGCAGCACGCGGCACGCCUGCUGCUGAAGUGGGUUGCGGGGAUGUACGGCAACACUUCGAACAACGGCGCGUCGGCAAAGUCGCCGGUUUGCCACUAGCGUCAUUGUGGUUUGCCAUGUCCCGAGCCAGCGACACAAUAUAACACUGGCGGCGGCGCACAGACAGAGUCAUGCGACACGACACCCCAUCAUCCCACACGAUGCCAUUCACGCAGACGCAGCUGGCCGACAUUGUCGACAAGUACCACAAGGACGGCUACGUCGUCGUCGACGGCCUGAUCCCCGACGAGCUGUACGCGCCGCUGUGCGAGGCCGCCGACGAGGUGACGGACAAGGCGCGCGCGCAUACGUGGGGCCAGGUGCGCAUGGUCGGCAAGCAGUUCCCGCCGUGGACCGAGGGCGACGACGUGUGGGGCGUGCAGAACAUCAUGCACCCCGAGCUUGGCAAGCCUAUUUUCGCAGAGUGGUACGGCAGCGACGACCUGCUCGAUGUCAGCGCUGCGUUGAUGGGCGUUGAGCGCAAGGACAUGCAGUUUGAACUCUUCAACAUCCUCGUCAACCCCCUCGAGAAGGACUACGCCCUCUCGUGGCACCGCGACGACGUCAAGGCGACCGCCACGCCCGAGGAGGAGGAGGAGGCGCUCAAGAUCAAGCACUACGGCAUCCAGUGGAACGCGGCGCUGUACGACGACGCGUGUCUGUCGGCGGUCCCCGCGUCGCACCGCCGUAUUCGUACGCCAGAGGAGCGCAAGGCUAACCUCGAGGGCGGGGACAUGCCGGGCGCGCAGAACCUCGACUUGAAGAAAGGCCAGACGGUGUUUUACAACAACAAUAUUCUCCACGUCGGCAAGUACAACCUCGCAGUCAAGCGCCGCACGCUGCACGGAUGCUACGGCUCGCCCCCCUCGGGCGACACGUCGCGCGCGCGCAACAUCCUGCAGCACGGGCUCGACUACACGACCGACCCGGGCUUCCGCGGCUCGGUUCCGGCCAGCCUCCACCCCAUGCUCGACCGCCUCAACGGGCUCCAGGCCGACAUGCAGGGCAAGCCGCAGGUGUACUCGCAGGACGACUAGGCGGGCGUGCGUGAGCGAGCGGGCGCGUAGCGCCAGCGCACAGCGAAGUAUGCGCGGGCCAAGCCUUGGGCCAGUGCGAGGAAGUAGAGUGACGGCCGAAGAGGAGGUAGCACUGGAUGGGAUACAGAGAGAGAGGCCGCCGGCAAAGUAGCACACCCCCGGCCUCCACCCGACCCGAUUGUAUCGACAGAUGUAUCGCGUAG